AUGUGCUGUCAAUGGCUUAAUAUCAUUUAUUCUGUAAUUCUGUCGCUGCUGCUCGGCGCGUUCAUCCUGUUCGCGGCGGGGGGCAACGCCCUGGUCAUCCUGUCCGUGCUGUGCAACAGGCGCCUGCGCACCGUCACCAACGUGUUCAUCGUGAACCUGGCCGUGGCCGACCUGCUGCUGAGCGUGGUCGUGCUGCCCUUCUCCGCCUCCCUCGAGGUGCUGGGCUGCUGGAGCUUCGGCCGCCUCUUCUGCGACAUCUGGGCAGCCGUGGACGUGCUCUGCUGCACGGCCUCCAUCCUGAGCCUCUGCGUGAUCUCCGUAGACAGGUACAUCGGGGUGAAGCACUCCCUGAAGUACCCCAGCAUCAUGACCGAGAAGAGGGCCGCUGUCAUCUUGGUGGGCGUGUGGACGUCCUCGGCGGUGGUGUCGGUGGGACCGCUCCUGGGCUGGAAAGAACCGCCGCCUGCCGAUGACAGCAUCUGCAGCAUCACCGAAGACCCGGGCUACGCGCUCUUCUCCUCCCUGUUCUCCUUUUACCUCCCGCUCGCGGUCAUCGUUGUCAUGUAUUGUAGGAUCUAUGUUGUAGCCAGAAGGACCACCAAGGGCCUCCAGGCAGGUGUGAAGAAGGAGGGCGGCAAAUCCAUGGAGGUCCUGUUGCGGAUCCACCGCAGGAGCGUCCUGAGAGAAGCGGAGCUCGAGAGCCAAGGCAAAGCUCAUCCUUUGCGGAGCUCCAUCUCUGUGCGCCUCAUGAAGUUCUCCAGAGAAAAGAAGGCUGCAAAGACCUUGGCCAUUGUAGUUGGGGUCUUCAUACUCUGUUGGCUGCCCUUCUUUUUCGUUUUUCCUCUCGGUUCCCUCUUUCCGACCUUAAAGCCUUCAGCGAGGGUCUUCAAAGUGAUCUUCUGGCUUGGCUACUUCAACAGCUGUGUGAAUCCCAUUAUCUACCCCUGCUCCAGCAAAGAGUUCAAGCAUGCCUUCAUCCAGCUCCUGAGGUGCCAGUGUCACCAGAGGAGGAGCAGCUGGAGGAAGUUCAAUGAACAGCGGUGGGCCGUGCCUGUGGGUCGACCGAGGACUCGGUUUUCCAUACCGGAGCCACUAUCACCAAGCUCCUCUUUCCUCCAGAAGACGUGGGGCCGUACCCUAAGCUUUCGUGGUUGGAGCUUACUCGCACCCCUCCAAAGAUCAUCUGUCAGACUGAGGGAGAAGAUAAGCAGUCUGUCCCACAGGAUCAAGAACGGGCAUGCUAAAAACUCAGCCCAGAUCCUGAGCAAAGUGAGUUUAGAUUCCAUUUCGGCGGGUGUCUUCAGUGAUCUUGAGUGCAGGAACUUUGAGGCACAUGAUGUGACCGAGUACUGCAUCCUCGAGGAAACGGACCUUUAG